CAAGAGAUCUAAAGAAUACUUGUAUACAACAAGUUGGUGUCAGAAACAACUAAAUAUAGUGUUGUGUCUCGUCUUGUUUAGAGUAGAGUUGUUGUCUCUCUCUCUCUCUUGGGUCUUGUCCGCCGCAGAUAUCCGUCGUGCGUUUUCUCUUUCCUCUCUUUCUCUUAUCAAUGGAUUCCCUCGUCGAAUCCGGUUGGCAGUACCUUGUUACUAAUUUCAGCGACUUUCAACUAGCGUGCAUCGGGAGUUUUAUCGUCCAUGAAACUGUCUUCUUCUUGUCUGGUCUUCCUUUCAUCUUCCUUGAAAGAACAGGUUUCCUGAGCAGUUACAAAAUUCAGGCAAAACAUAACACCCCUGAAGCGCAAGGAAAAUGCAUUGCUUGGCUAGUGUUUUACCAUUCAUGUGUAAACUUUCCACUUAUGAUGUUCUCUUACCGUGUAUUCAAAUUCAUGGGCAUGCGCAGCAGUUUUCCUCUCCCCUCCUGGAAAGUGGUGUCUGCCCAGAUCUUGUUCUUCUUCAUCAUUGAGGAUUUUGUAUUCUAUUGGGGUCAUAGGAUCUUGCACACAAAGUGGUUGUACAAGAACGUGCACAGUGUGCACCAUGAAUACGCCACACCGUUUGGUUUGACGUCAGAAUAUGCUCAUCCCGCUGAGAUUCUGUUCCUAGGUUUUGCUACCUUUAUUGGUCCGGCUCUCACAGGGCCUCACCUAAUCACCCUUUGGUUGUGGUUGGUGCUUAGAGUCAUUGAGACAGUUGAAGCACAUUGUGGUUAUCAUUUCCCUUGGAGUCCCUCUAAUUUUCUUCCUCUCUAUGGCGGUGCUGACUUCCAUGACUACCAUCAUCGUUUACUCUACACAAAGUCUGGGAACUACUCAUCUACUUUUGUCUACAUGGACUGGAUCUUUGGUACGGACAAGGGCUACAGAAAACUGAAGGCUCUAAAAGAAACCUGACAACUAGUGAAACUUGGUUUAUCAAGACCUGAGGUUUCACUCUGGCAAACUCUCCUUUUAGUCAUAAGAGCAUCACUAUUCGCAGCUCCUUGACUUGCACAGUCAAAGCUAUUGGUCUCUGAUCAUCUAAGCCAAUUUGGAUGUUUGAAUCUUUCUUACUGUUUGUCUUGAUCUUUAGUUGCAGCUACUGCUUCUAGUUACAUUUAGAGCCAGAAUGUGCUAGAGACUAGAGUAAGACAUUUUUACGUUUUUCUUUUUCUCUCUUUCUUUGCUUGGGUUAUCAUCAAAAUAUGAUCUAAUUUUUUUUUUUAAUUUUGAUGAAUAAAGAACAA